UGAAUAUUCUGAGCUUGGAAAGUUUCUAUGCUAUUGGCGGGGGGGUUUUAUAAAUAUGUCCCUCCGCUUAGCAUUUGGUACGCGUUAUGCGAUUAACGCGAAGACGCGUCUUUGACGCGCUUACUUCCAAUCUUCUAAUCUUUCAAUUAAACUUGCCCCUCCACCUGUCAAUCGAUAUCCUUAUUUUUGGCAACAUUGCUGAAUUAGAAUAAUGACACUGUUGAAUUAAAUCUAUUAAGUGUCGUCAGAUUAAUUUUUACUGAAAUGCCUCACUCAAUAUCGCCUGAGACCGAUAACCAAAAUCCCACCGUCGAAGAGACCAUGGCCGACGCCCCUACUAGAGCUGACGAGAGUCAAGAUAACGACGAUGAUAUUACUAUGGCGGAAGCAAAUGCAUUGCCAGUUCCCGUAAAAGAAGAGGAUAAAAAAGACGUCAAGUUAGAUGAACUAUUUGCGGAUGUAGACUCAGACGAUGAAUUCCCUAGUUCACGGCCGGCCGAAAACAAGUUCUCGAGCUCCCCCGAGGCUCCAACAUCGCCCAUCGAUAGAACCGUGUCUGUGAAGGCUUCGGACCCUGAUAUAAUGCGCAUGUUCUACCAACGAUUCUUCCCUUGGCGUUAUCUGUUUCAGUGGCUUAAUCAUAGCCCGACUCCUACCAACGAUUUCGGUCAUCGCGAAUUUGCCUUCACUUUAUCGAGGGGAGAUGGGGAUAUAUAUUCUCGAUAUAACUCCUUUCCUAGCGCCGACUUACUUCGAAAAGACGUACUGCGCCAGCUACCAACCCGUUUCGAAAUCGGACCUGUAUACACCACAAACCCUCGCGACCGCAAGACGUUGCGAAAUUUGAACGCGUUUAAGCCGCUGUCCAAAGAGCUGUGCUUCGAUAUCGAUUUAACGGACUACGAUGACAUCCGAACGUGCUGCGAUAAGGCGAACAUAUGUAAUCGCUGCUGGCAGUUCAUUACUAUGGCCAUCAAAGUAGUGGAUGUGGCCCUACGCGACGACUUUGGUUUCAAACACAUCAUGUGGGUUUACUCGGGACGAAGAGGUGCGCACGCUUGGGUAUGCGAUAAAAAGGCGCGGACGAUGGACGACCAGAAGCGUAGGGCUAUUGCGGGAUACCUCGACGUAAUCCGUGGUGGUGCGCAGAGUGGGAAGAAGGUUAACGUAUGGCGGCCACUACAUCCACACCUCAGUCGGAGUUUAAACAUCCUGGCGCCCCAUUUUCAAGAAGACGUUCUAGAGGCACAAGACCCGUGGGCAUCGUCGGAACGGGCAGAGCAUCUCCUUUCCCUGCUCCCCGACAAAGCACUAAACGACAGCCUACGCAAGAAAUGGGACUCUUCGCCCGGCCGUGCGAGCACUUCGAAAUGGGCCGAUAUCGACUCGCUCGCCCGUUCAGGGAGCGGUAGUAAGAACCUUGAUACAAAAGCGCUGCUAGAUGCCAAGCAAGAUAUAGUUCUCGAGUAUACAUACCCGCGCCUCGAUAUCGAGGUCAGCAAGAAACUAAACCAUUUACUUAAAUCACCAUUCGUUGUACACCCGGGCACGGGACGAGUGUGCGUACCGAUCGAUACGCGGAAGCUGGAGGACUUCGACCCGCUCGGAGUGCCGACGGUGCAGGGACUAUUAGAGGAGAUCGACGCGUGGAAGGCUGAUGACGGGGAGGAUGGCUCCGAGGACAAGGCCAAAAACCUUCAAGACUGGGAGAAGACGAGCUUGCGGCCUUAUGUCGAGUAUUUCCGGAGCUUCGUGCUGGCGCUCAUGAAAGACGAGCGGGACCCCAAGAUUAAGCGCGAGAGGGAGGAAAGCGAGGCGAUGGAAUUCUAAUUACUUAGGUACCUGUUAUAGGAGAGAUUACGAACCCCGAUGUUCUCAGCCAUUUCGGCUGUUAUGGUUUGUUGGUAGGUUAGGUAGGUACCUAUGCACUUGGUACUAUGGCGUAGGCAUGGAGUUUGGGCAUCUUACGUCAGUUAUUUGAGGCUGGGGCACGAAUCAUACUGUCAAAUCGCUUGUCUUUUCGACGCCCUUUACCGCAGCUUAUGUUUACGAUGCUUCCUG